AUGAAGAACCGUCAGCGUCGGGCCCCCCCUAACGCGGAGGUGGCGUUCGCCUACGAGCUCUUUGGGAGCAUUGAUAUCAACAACGAUGAAUUCCUUAACUUCACUGGUGAGAGGGGGCAAAAGCACAGCAGGGAGAUCACGCAGUUCCUGCAAAACAAGAGUUUUGCACAAGGAAAAGAUUCUGCGACGAGGCAAUCAUCGUAUUUGCAGUUUCAGCAGACUAUCGACACGGAGAAUGGAGAGACGUUCCAAAGCAACGGGAGGAGCAACAGCUUUGCCAACGUCGAAGACGCAGCACAGCACAUCUGGUUCCUCUCGCAGCUCUCUGAUGAAUCCAUGCCGUUUGCCCGCAACUUUACAACAGCUGACCAGUUUCUGCAGUACGCGGCGAGUCAUUCGCUCUUCUCCACCGGUCCGGAGGGGGCAUUGGAGAAGGCACCCGAAGGACCCGCCAAGGCGGCGAAGUGGCUGGACAUCCAGACAACGAAUAAGUCCCUCCUCACGGAGAUCCUCUCACGAUUCCCCUUGUCGGAGGACACCCUUGACCGCUGCUGCUACCUUGACGACAUGGAUCGCCACCUCGUGCACUCCACACUCGGCUACUUCUUCUUCAACCUUCUCUGCACUCCCAAUACAGCAGAGGAUGAGGGAUGCCGCCCCCGGCAGAAGAAGAGCGCUAUGCAGCUUUAUCUCGAAGCGGUCAUGAAGGACGAGCCGCGCUCCUCCGUAACCGCGGCGGUUCCAGUGGCAGUUAUCGUGUUCCCUGAGUGGAUUAUAACGGUGCAUGAGAAACCCUUUCAUGAGCUUGGCGAUUUGCUGAAGUUUUUGCAAAUCAACUGUGGUAAUCAGGGCUCCAACGCGACAACGCGGCGUUGCAGGCAGGUUAUGAGCUCCCCAUUCAUUUUUGCCAGCCUCUUUCAAAUCGUCGUGGGACACCAGCUGGACACCGUCUCAUUAAUAUCUUCGCUGGAUCGCAUGGGAGAUCAUGUGUUUACGGUGGAAAAGGAUGCCAAGGUGAAGGAGGAAGUGAUGCAGCGCAUUACAAAUGCUCGACGCUCCUUUGCGGAGUGUACUGCGGAACUCACGCGACGAGAACACAUUGUGUCCACCCUCUUGCAGCCACACAUGGUAACUUCUUUUCUGACGCAGGAAAAAACGGUCUGCCACUUGCUUGAGACUUCGCGGGCACAUCUCCUUCGUUUGAGCGACGAGAUUGCUGACGCUCGAGAUACCCUGUCCGUGACGAAUUGGUACCAUAACACAACGCGUACUUGGAAGAUUCUCCGCUCUGGAAAUAGGGCCACCCGCCAGAUGCUUCUUCUACUGGAGAUAACGAACAUCUUAUACCCCGUCAUCGCUGCCCAACAGCUCUUUACCAUGAAUGUUCCUGUGCCGUUUGACAGCGAACGGGGGCCGAAGGUGGAGAACACACGAACGUUCUUCGUACUCUUGGGGGCCAUACUGCUGUACACGCUGCUCUGCGGAAGAGCCGCCUACGCGUUGGUUCACCGAAGGCGGUGGAAGACGCGUCUGUUGGCAUAG